GGGCAGUGGCACCGGGCAGCGGGGCCUGCCCAGCCCCGGCGGGGCGGAACGGCUCGGAGCGGCUCGGGCCGGCCCCCCCCCCCGCCGCAGCCGCCGGGCGGGAUGAACCGGCGGCGGCUCUGCGCCGGGCUCUACUGGCUGCUGCUGCCGCUCGCCCUGCUCGCCGCCUGCCUUUUCCGCUACAACGUCCUGUCCUUCGUGUAUCUGCUCUUCCUGCUGCUCCUGCCCUGGUUCCCGGGGCCCUCCGCACGCGUCACCACAGGUCACAGCAGCCGCAUCCUCAAGGCUCUGCUGGGGACCAGCAUCAUCUUCGUGCUCACCCACUUGGUGUUCCAGAUAUGCCUGCGCACGCUGCCCGUCCUGGACCAGCUGCUGGGGCCCAGCUGCAGCUCCUGGGAGGUCCUUUCUCGGCACGUUGGGGUCACCAGGCUGGACUUGAGYGACAUUCCCAACUCGGUGCGGCUCUUGGCGCCCGACGUUGGCAUCCUGCUGGUCUCGUCCCUGUCCUUGUGCACGUGCUGCCGCCUCGGCCCUGCCGCCCACAGACGGAAUCCCAGCUCCCAGGAGCCCUCUGAGCGGAGGGAAGAGAAGGAUGCGGGGCGGCACCGCCGUGCGGCCAACAGGGACGUGCCGCUGAGCAGCCGCCUGUGGGACAAGGCUCACUGGCUGCUCUGGGAGGCUGGGAAGGGACUGGCCGUCCUGCUGCUGGCCUUGGCAGGGAUCACCCUGCCCUCCGCCUCCUCCAGUGUUUACUUCUUUCUCUUCGUGGGGCUGUGCACGUGGUGGGCCUGUCACCUCCCCACCAGCAACCGCGCCUUCAACAUCCUCUGCAUCAUCGUCGGCGUCUACAGCGCCGGCCACCUCGUGUGCCUCUAUGCCUACCAGACCCCCUUCAUCCAGGGGGUCUUCCCACCCCCCACCAUCUGGGCACGGGUGUUCGGYUUCAAGGACAUCAUCCUGUACCACAACUGCUCCCAGCCCAACACCCUGGAGCUCAACACCAGCUACUCCUGGCCUGUCUAUGCCAACCCUGGCAUCCUGCUCCUGCUCUACUACACCGUGGCCACCCUGGUGAAGCUGCGCCGGCAGGAUGCCAAGAGAGCCAUGGCGCCGGCACGGCCGUUCCCGAGGGACCUGGUGGAGCUGGAGAGUUUGCCCCAGGACACUGACCGCAUGGCCGAGGACACCAAGCCCAUGCUGUCCCCUCCCAAGACUGUGAAGCCGAGCGGCAGCACYGAGAACUGCACUGUCCACGUCAUGAAUGCAGGCAGGAGGAGUUCAGUGGAAUGGCUGCCCCUGAACACCCUGGGCCAUGUACUCAUGAAGCAGAGCUACGUGUCAGCUCUCAUCGCCAUGAUGGUGUGGAGCAUCACCUACCACAGCUGGCUGACCUUCGUGCUGCUGCUGUGGUCGUGCCUGAUCUGGACGGUGCGGAGUCGGAGGAACUUCGCCAUGCUCUGCUCGCCCUUCCUGGUGCUCUACGCCACGGCCCUGUGCAGCCUGCAGUACGUGUGGGCCAUGGACCUGGUCCCCGAGCUGCCCACCCACGUCGGCUCCAUGAGGCUGCAGGCGCUGGGGCUGGUGCACCCCAGGUACCCCUGCCUGGCCCUGGGGGCAAAGCUCCUGCUCACCCUCACCUUCUGGGUGCUGCUGCGGCAGUUCGUUAAGGAGAAGGUGCUAACGAGGAGGUCCCCAGUCACACCACUGCUGGAGGUGUCUGUCACAGACACAGACACCAGCCAGAUGCGGGAUGUGAUGAAGAAGCUGGGGGAAGUGGUGAGGAAUUUCUUUGCCAAGUUUUGGAUCUGCGUCUGCGCCGGGAUGUUCAUUGUGGUUACCUUCACCGACCGCCUCGUCGUCUACAAGAUCGUCUACAUGCUCCUCUUCCUCCUCUGCAUCAUCCUCUUCCAGGUGUACUACAGCCUGUGGCGCAAGGUGCUCAAGGGCUUUUGGUGGCUGGUGGUGGCCUACACCAUGAUGGUGCUCAUCGCCAACUACACCUACCAGUUCAAGGACUUCCCCAUGUACUGGAGGAACCUGACGGGCCUCACCGAUAAGCAGCUGAGAGACCUGGGCCUGGARCAGUUCAGCGUCUCCAAGCUCUUCUCCAGCAUCCUCAUCACGGGAUUCUUCCUCCUGGCCUGCAUCCUCCAGCUCCACUACUUCCACCAGCCCUUCAUGCUCAUCACUGACCUGCAGCGCAUCCGGCCCCCCUCUCCAGCUCCCUGCCACAUCCCCAAGUCUGAGGAGCUUCACGGGAGCCGCCUGCUGCGGGAUGCGGCCGCUGCYGAGACCGCCCAGUCCGGAGGAGACUCUGACACCGAGUCCCUGGACUCCAACAAGUGGGGGCUGGUGCUGGAGCGCCUGAUCGUGCUGGGCCGCGCCUUCUCGGACACGAUGACGCGUGCAGAGGUGUUCAUCAGGCGCCUGCUGGAGCUCCACGUCCUCAAGAUGGUGGCAAUCUACACCGUCUGGGUGGCCCUGGAGGAGGUGUCCGUGAUGAACUUCCUGCUGGUGCUGCUGUGGGCCUUGGCCAUGCCCUACUGCCGCUUCCGCCGCAUGGCCUCGUGCCUSUCCGCCGUCUGGACCUGCAUCAUCAUCGUCUGCAAGAUGCUCUACCAGCUGGAGAUCGUGGAUCCCCUCGAGUACUCCAGCAACUGCACCCAGCCCCUACCCAACGGCACCAACCUGACCCCGGAGGAGCUGGCCAACUCCACGCUGUACCGCGGCCCCGUGGACCCGGCCAACUGGUUCGGCAUCCGCAAGGGCUUCCCCAACCUGGGCUACGUCCAGAACCACCUGCAGGUGCUGCUGCUGCUGGUGUUCGAGUCCGUGGUGUACCGGCGCCAGCAGUACCACCGCAGGCAGCACCAGCUGGUGUCUUCCAUCACCGAGACGGUCUUUGAGGACAUCUCCCGCGAGCACCUCGACCAGGGCCUCAUCAACUGCGCCAAAUACUUCAUCAACUACUUCUACUACAAGUUUGGCUUGGAGAUCUGUUUCCUGAUGAUGGUGAACGUGAUCGGGCAGCGGAUGAACUUCCUGGUGAUCCUGCACGGCUGCUGGCUGAUGGUGAUGCUGACGCGGCGGCGGCGCGCGGCCAUCGCCCGCCUCUGGCCCAAGUACUGCCUCUUCCUCGUCAUCUUCCUCCUCUACCAGUACCUGCUGUGCGUGGGCAUGCCACCCGCCCUCUGCAGGGACUAUCCAUGGCGCUGGAGCGACAAYAUUCCCCUCAACUCGGCGAUCAUCAAGUGGCUCUACCUGCCCGACUUCUUCCAGGCUCCCAAAUCCACCAACCUCAUCAACGAUUUCAUGCUGCUGCUCUGCGCAUCCCAGCAGUGGCGCGUGUUCAAGGCCGAGCGCUCCGAGCCCUGGCUGCAGGCGGCCGGUGACAACUCUGACCGGCUGGACCGCGAGCAGGACCCCGACAGCCGCACUGAGAACUUCAUCUACUGCAAGUCCUACCUGGACAUGGCCAAGGUGGUGGUGUUCCGCUACCUCUUCUGGUUCGUGCUCGUGGUGGUUUUCAUCGCCGGCGCCAACCGCAUCAGCCUCUUCGGCCUGGGCUACCUGCUGGCCUGCUUCUACCUGCUGCUGUUCGGCACYGCCAUGCUGCGCAAGCCAACCCGCACCCGCCUCGUGCUCUGGGACUGCCUCAUCCUCUACAACGUCACCGUCGUCAUCUCCAAGAACAUGCUGUCGCUCCUGUCCUGCGUCUUCGUGCAGCAGAUGCAGAGUGAUUUCUGCUGGGUGAUCCAGCUCUUCAGCCUCGUCUGCACYGUCAAGGGCUACUACGACCCCAAGGAGAUGGCCAAGGACCACGACUGCACACUGCCCGUGGAGGCGGCUGGCAUCAUCUGGGACAGCAUCUGCUUCUUCUUCCUCCUGCUCCAGCGCCGUAUCUUCCUCAGCUCCUAUUACCUGCAUGUCAUGUGGGACCUCCAGGCCUCUGCCCUGCAGCCUUCCAGGGGUGUGGCACUGGUCAAGGCCAGCAUCAUGAAGAGCCUGCGCUCGCACCGGCGAGCCGAGAAGAAGUCGCUGGACCAGCUGAAGCGGCAGAUGGAGCGGAUCCGAGCCAAGCAGUACAAGUACCGCCAGGAGCGGCUGCCCCGCAGCAGCAGCCCAGGGCAGGACGGGGCCGGAGCAGCGCCCGGCAGCCCGGCGGACRCGGCCCGGCAGAGGGAUCAGUGGUGGCAGCCAUGGUCAGACCACGCCGCAGUGCUGCGUUCGGGGCAAUACUACCUCUUUGAGUCAGACAGCGAGGAGGAGGAGGAGGUGCCGGAGGAGCCGCGGUCGGAGAGGCCGAGCGCCUUUCAGCUCGCCUACCAGGCCUGGGUGACCAACGCCAGGACGGUGCUGCAGCGGCACGUGCGGCCAGAGCGGCCGGAGCGACCAGAGCGGCCAGAGCAGCCAGAGCCACCCAGCACGGAGAUCUCUGCAGAGGACAGUGCAGGGAGAGAGGAGGAGUCUCCCGAGGGGGCUGAAGGCCAGGAGGACCAGAACACGGAAAGUUCCGAGCGGAGCAACAUCUUACAGCGGGCUCUGAACACRCUGAGGUUCCUGUGGCUGCUGUGCCAGGCCCUGGUGGACGGGCUGACCCAGUGGAUGGACGCCUGCACCCAGGAGCACACGGACAUGUCCCGCAUCCUGCGCCUGGAGAGGUACAUCAUGGCACAGCGGCUGGCCAAGGGAGAGGAGAUAAACCCCGAGUUCCCGGAUGAGCUCUACGUGCUGACRCCAGAGGGUUCCCCGCAGGACCUGAGCUCACGCAGCUCCUUGGUUGUGGAUUCCCCGAGCGGCGCUUCCAGYGGGUACCCAAGAGCCCCUCCCGACAUCAGCCAGGAGCCGGUGACAAACCUGGAUUCCCUGGAGGACGAGGCGUACACUCAGCAGUUCCUGGCACUGCCCCCGCAGCGCAGGCGGACUGCCAGUGAGCUCUUCGUGCACAGAAAGACGCACGUCCCCGAGCUGGAGGAGUCGGAGCGGUUCUACCAGUCCCACAACCGCUUCCUGAAGCUGCUGCUGGCUGGGUACCGCUGUGUGACCGCCCACUCCGAGCUGCUCUGCUACUUCAUCAUCAUCCUCAACAACAUGGUCACCGGCUCCAUGAUCUCCCUCUUCCURCCCAUCCUCGUCUUCCUCUGGGCCAUGCUUUCCAUCCCCCGGCCCACCAAGCGYUUCUGGAUGACAGCCAUCAUCUUCACCGAGGUGAUGGUGGUGGUGAAAUACCUCUUCCAGUUYGGGUUCUUCCCCUGGAAUGGCUACAUCACCCUGCUGCGCAACGAGGGCAAGCCCUUCUUCCCCCCRCGCAUCCUGGGCCUGGAGAGGACCACCCGCUACAUCAAGUAUGACCUGCUGCUGCUCCUGGCCCUCUUCUUCCAUCGCUCCCUGCUGCUGUCCUUCGGGCUGUGGGACCACGACAAGACGGAGAAGCGAGCAGAGGACAAGGAAGAGGARGAGAAGCAGGAGGAAGCGGCGUCSCCAUCGCUGGCAGCGRCUGAGGAAGGGCCAGAGGCUCCWCCCCAGSCAGGAGCAGCCAYGGGGUCGGAGAGCGAUUCCGUGGAGCAGGAAGAGGGAGCCGGGACCAUGUGGCUCCGCUUGAGGAAAAGGAAGACRCAGGAGGUGGCUCCAGGGGAAGGGGUUGAGGAGGAGCAGGCGGAGGCGGAGGAAGAGGAGGAAGUGUCAGAGGAGAGCCAAACUGAGAAGAAGCUGAAGGUGUUAGGGUUGCGGGUCAAGAGGCUCUUGCUCUCCACGGCACACAGCAUAUACCGGCCAGUGCACAGUUUCUUCUGGAACAUUCUGUACCUGGAGAGCCGCGCCGCCACCGAUGUCUAUGCCUACAUGUUCCUGGCGGACGUGGUCGACUUCAUCAUCAUCAUCUUCGGCUUCUGGGCCUUUGGGAAAUACACGGCGGCCACCGACAUCACCUCCUCGCUGUCAGAAAACCAAGUGCCCGAGGCUUUCCUGGUCAUGCUGCUCUUCCAGUUCAGCACCAUGGUCAUCGACCGCGCGCUCUACCUCCGCAAGACCGUGCUGGGCAAGCUCAUCUUCCAGGUCAUCCUGGUCUUCGGCAUCCACUUCUGGAUGUUCAUCAUCCUGCCGGCCGUCACSCAGAGGCUCUUCAGCCUCAACACRGUGGCCCAGCUGUGGUACUUCAUCAAGUGCAUCUACUUCACCCUGUCGGCCUACCAGAUCCGCUGUGGCUACCCCACCCGCAUCCUGGGCAACUUCCUCACCAAGAAAUACAACCACCUCAACCUCUUCCUCUUCCAGGGGUUCCGCCUCGUGCCCUUCCUGGUGGAGCUGCGGGCUGUCAUGGACUGGGUGUGGACGGACACCACGCUGUCCCUCUCCAACUGGAUGUGUGUGGAGGACAUCUACGCCAACAUCUUCAUCAUCAAGUGCAGCCGGGAGACUGAGAAGAAAUACCCCCAGCCCAAGGGGCAGAAGAAGAAGAAGGUGGUGAAGUAYGGCAUGGGUGGCCUCAUAAUCCUCUUCCUCGUGGGCAUCAUCUGGUUCCCGCUGCUCUUCAUGUCCCUGGUGCGCUCCGUGGUGGGCAUUGUCAACCACCCCAUCGAUGUCACYGUCACCCUCAAGCUGGGGGGGUACGAGCCUCUGUUUUCCACGAGCGCCCAGCAACAAUCCAUCCAGCCCUUCACCCCCCAGGACUACCGCGAGCAGAUGAAGCUGGAGCUGCAGAAUGGCUCCUCUCACAUCACCAUACACCUCACCUGGAGCUUSCAGAGGGACCUGGGCAAGGGCGGCACGGUGGAGCACGCCUACGGCAAACACACCACAGACCUGGCGCCUGGCUCGACCCAGCGCCUGCAGCUGGCCCAGCUGCUCGAAGGCACCCGGGAUGAGCCUGUGCAAUUGCCCAAACUCUUCCCCAAAUACAUCCGGGCACCCAAUGGCCUCGAAGCYGAACCUGUUCAGCAGCUGCUGCCAGAUGACGAGGACAGCUACCUGGACGUGGAGGUGCAGCUGAAACGGCAGCGCAGGGGCUCUGGCCGAGGCACCAGCUUYGUGGAGUGGUGGGUGGUGAGGCUGAAGGAUGCCCCUCCUGAUGACAGCCACAUCCUGGGGAUGGUCAUCUUCAACGACAAAGUCAGCCCGCCCAGCCUGGGCUUCCUGGCCGGCUACGGGAUCAUGGGGCUCUACGUGUCCAUCGUGCUGGUGAUCGGCAAGUUCGUGCGGGGCUUCUUCAGCGAGAUCUCACACUCCAUCAUGUUCGAGGAGCUGCCCUACGUGGAUCGGAUCCUGAAGCUGUGCCAGGACAUCUUCCUGGUGCGGGAGACGGGCGAGCUGGAGCUGGAGGAGGAGCUCUACGCCAAGCUCAUCUUCCUCUACCGCUCGCCCGAGACCAUGAUCAAGUGGACCCGAGAGAAGGAGUAAGGGGAAGGGGCUGCAGCCCCCCCUGCCAGGGACAUCACCGCCAAUGCCUUAAGCAGCCCCCCCGGUUUGGGCCGCGUGCCGCCCCGGGAGCAGUGGGCUGUGGGCCCAGGGACGAUGUUUUGCUGGAUGUUUUUCUGGAUGUUUUUCUUAUGUUGCUUKGAAGCCGUCCGACCUGCGCAGACCACGUUGUGCCUUGCCGGGGUGGGGCACAGGGGCUGGCCCCCUCCUCUCACUGGGCAGCCCUGGUUGCCAAGUGGGUGUGGGGGGUCGGGAGCCAGCCCGUGUCCCUUCCCUGCCAGCCCCAGCCCUGUUCCAGAACCAGGUUGAACUCAAAAGCAAUAGCCCCUCCCCAGCKCCAGGAUGGGGGUUCUGGGUUGUGGCCCCCCAAGUUUGGGGGGGUCUGGCAGCCCCAGUUGGACUUUAGACACUUGUGACUUUGGGUUUGUUUUUUUUUUUUUUUUUA